AUGCUUGUGGCGAUGGGCGUGUUUGCACUGGAACCUGUGCGGCGCCGCUUCUUCGAGCUGUUCUACUACCUACACAUUGCGGCGUUCUACAUGAUUGUCCCCACGGUGCUGUGGCAUGCCGCUGCUGCGUGGGAGUACUUCCUACCCGGACUGACAGUGUGGUUCUUGGAUCGUCUGCUUCGGAUGUAUCGGAGUGCGUCUACGGUGGAGGUUGUAUCGGCUGUUGCCAGCGGCGCUUUUGUGGAGCUGCGUUUCCGUCACGCGUCGCUGAGUGCUGCCCCUGGGCAGUAUGCGUUUGUAAACGUCCCUGAGCUGUCACUGUUGCAGUGGCACCCGUUCAGCUUCAGCAGUGCAAGCGAGGGGUGCUACACGUUUCACAUCAAGUCUAUGGGGGAGGGGACGUGGACGGGGCAGCUUGUGGAACUUGUGAGGGCACGUGGCAACAACAUCUCAUUAAGUGUUGACGGGCCUUGCGGCCGGGUGUCGGAUCUUAACGAUUACAAGGCGGUUGUGCUUGUUGCUGGCGGAAUUGGCGUGACGCCGUGCGCCGCGAUUUACGACUAUUACCGUCGACUGGGGUUGGAGGAGGCAUGUUGCCCCACUGUAACGCUGCUGUGGACACUCCGUGACGCGGAGCUGCUGCCCAUGAUGUCGCACCUGUGGGACGAUGAUGAAGUAAAAGGGUUAUUUUACUUAAACAGUUUAAACACCAAAUCUGUGGAAGAAUGCCCAGCAGUGACAACCUCUGACCCAAAUGCCACACUUCACCUUUUCUUAACUGGAGGUGUCUCUUCUGACUGUGUUUCUGCACCGCGUGUUUCCGUUUCGACGCAGCGGCUUGAUGUUGCCACUGAAAUCCCGCGUGCUAUCGUCGGUAAAGACCCACGAGAGGUGUUGGUGUUUGUCUGUGGUCCUGCCGGCCUGGUGAAGUCCACGAGAGAUGUGGCCCUAUCCCUCGGAGUCAACUUCCAUGAGGAGAGUUUUCUGCUCUAG